AUGACAGAUGAUGCAGGUCUCAGCCAGCAUCAUUACCGUUCGAAUACGAAGAUAUUCCGGCGAGAUGAUUUGAGGGAUAGUAUGUUCCAUGUUGAAGAAAAUUUUUUUGAACUGGUUGUUGAUGUUGAGGAAACGCCAAGCAAGCAACCAGCUGCAAGCGUUGUCAAAUUUACUAAAAAGAAUGCAUAA